AUGGAAUCAAGCGACUCCGGCAAGUGGAAAGAAGCGUGUGACUCGGAGUUCGAUUCGCUUCAGAGAAACGACACGUGGGAAAUCGUGCCUCUUCCGAAAGGUCGCAAGGCCAUCGGGUGCCGAUGGGUUUUUCGUGUAAAGGAGAAUCAAGAUGGCGAAGUUAAACGUUUCAAGGCAAGACUUGUGGCCAAAGGAUUCUCACAGAAAUUCGGAGUUGACUAUGAAGAAACUUUCGCACCGGUGGCCAAGUUCACAUCGAUUCGUGUGGUGCUCAGUAUGGCGGCUAAGUACGGCCUAAUGCUAUAUCAGAUGGACGUCAAGACAGCGUUUCUUAACGGCUCCCUCAACGAAGACAUCUACAUGGACCAGCCGGACGGAUACCUGGAUGCAACACAGCCGGACUAUGUGUGCAAGCUAAAGAGAUCACUCUACGGCUUGAAGCAAUCGCCUCGCAUGUGGAACCAAACAAUCGAUGGGUUCAUGAUCAAGAUGGGAUUCAAGAAGUGCGAAUCGGACCACUGCAUCUACAUCAAGCGAGACGACCAAGACAUGAUUCUCGUGGUGCUCUACGUCGAUGAUCUCAUCCUGGCCAGCAGCAACAACGAACUCCUCAAGUCAACCAAGAUGGCGCUGAGCAAACGCUUCGAAAUGACGGAUCUCGGUGAGCUCGAUUACUUUCUCGGCAUGGAGAUCAAGAACGACCGUAAGACGGGAAUGGUGACUGUACAACAAACCAAGUUUCUCAAGUCCGUGUUAACCAAGUUCGGAAUGGAUAACAGCAAGCCAGUGAAGACGCCUCAAGAUCCCGGCCUGAAGCUAACCAAGAACAUGUGUGAACAAGAAUGCAAGCACGAAGACACCAUGUGCAACGUGCCAUAUCGAAGUGCUGUCGGAGGCAUCAUGUAUCUCAUGGUCGCCACACGUCCGGAUCUAGCUGCUGCAGUGGGAUCAUUAUCCCAGUUCUCGUCCGACCCAUGCCCGACUCACUGGCAAGCUUUGAAGCGUGUGCUGAGAUACCUGCAAGCAACGCCCAAUCAUGGUCUUGAGUUUACACGUGAAGAAGGAAGCCGUAUCUGCGGUACACCGACGCAGACUGGGCCGGCGACAUUGAGUCAAGACGAAGUACAAGCGGCUAUGUGUUCAUGA